AAGGACGCCGUCCUUCGGCCUCGUCGCCAGUCGGGACGUCGGCUCCUCCGAAGGAUUUCCCGAGACGUCGACGCCUCAGGGACGGGAAGACUUCCUGGCGAUGACGUCGCUGAAGGCACUCGUGGCGGCACUCCUGCUGGCGGGGGUCCUCGGCGGCACUCUGGCGGGGGGGGAGGGGAGGAGGAACAGUUGGUGGACGAAAAGGUCCUUCAAUGCCCCUCUGACGUCACCACCAGCAAAUGACGUCAUAAGGAAGAGUGACGUCACAGCAGGCAAUGACGCAACACCCAGGGAUGACGUCAGCAUUGGGAAAGCCCUCACUGGACAGAAAGAUCUUAUCUCUCCAGCUGAUAAGGAUGGACCCUCCCCCCUUUCGACAUCCGGGUUCUCUCUGGCACUGGCACUGCAACCCUGUAGACUUCCGGUUGGCACUCUCUGUCUCUACUUGCGUCCUGUCUGUGUGCUGUGCGAAACGUGCAAUUGAUAAGCGUGCCUUUUCAACGCCCGCGGGGGAUCCAGGUGGAAUUUCGCAACUUGGUGGAAAAAGAACUUUUGUCAAGAAUCUUGGAAUAUAUUCUUUCUCUUUUUAAAGAAUAUUACGAAUUGGAAUUUCAACUUUGCAUUUGGAAUUUUUUUUUUCCUUUUUAUUGUAUAAUCUCUUCUCAUUGUACAAGACUGAGGAGGACUGUGACAGAAGGCAAUGGUGAUACGCUAUCUCAGUUAAAACCUGUCUAUUAAAAACGUUUUAACAAA